CGAAUACCUCGAACAGUUGUCAGAGGAAGGCAAUUCUGGUUCUGUUGUUUGGAUCCUGCAGAAGCACUGUCAGAAUUUCACAGUGCCAGCUGGUAGUGAAAGAGCCUGUUCACCUGGCAGGAUUCGCUUUGAAUACGAAGGAAGUGAAAAGAUAAAUCGGACGAGUGAAACUUCGAG